AUUCGAAUUGGCCGUUUGGUUGGUGAGCCAAAUCCGGUUCUUAUGCCCAAGGAGAAGAAGGCGACGAAGGGCAAGCGCGCGUGCGCGCUCGAGAAGCAGCUCGCGUACGACGCCAAGCCCAAGUACAAGGUCAAGGCCGCCGGCUCGGACGACGACGGCUCCUCGGACGACGAGGGCGACGCCUACGUGCCGCAGAAGCUCACGAGCAAGACGCUGGCGUUGGCGCGCCAGCAGCAGGCCGAGGAAGCUGCGCUCUACCGCAAGCAGACGCCGGCGCGCCAGACGACUCCUGCGCCGAUGGCCGACGACAGCGACUCGGACGACGACAGUGACUCGGACGAUGGCGGCUUCAACGACAUGGCCGACGACGACGACGACGAGCUCGUCCGCCUCAACAACGGCUACGUCGAGGACGUCGAGAUCUGCGAAGAGGACGAGAAGGUGCUCGCCAACUUCCUCAUCGGCGGCUCGGAGCGCCGCAACCUCGCCGACAUCAUCAUGGGCAAGAUCCACGAGAAGGAGGCGCGCGAGGCCGGCGAGAUGGACGACGACGUCCGCGGCCAGCCGCAGCAGUUUGACCCGAAGAUCGUCGAGGUGUACACGGGCGUCGGCAAGAUCCUCCAGCGCUACACGAGCGGGAAGCUCCCGAAGGCGUUCAAGAUCAUCCCGUCGCUGAGCUACUGGGAGGACAUCCUCUGGCUCACGACGCCCGACAAGUGGUCGCCGCACGCGAUGCGCGCAGCCACGCGCCUCUUCGCGUCCAACUUGAACCCGAAGAUGGCGCAGCGCUUCUUCAACGUCUUCCUCCUCGAGCACUGUCGCCAGGACAUCCGCGACAACAAGCGCCUCAACUUUCACUUGUUCAUGGCGCUCAAGAAGGCGCUGUACAAGCCGCAGGCGUUCUACAAGGGCAUCAUCCUCCCGCUCUGCGAAGGCCGCGACUGCACCAACCGCGAGGCCGUCAUCAUCGGCUCGGCGCUCUCCAAGGUCUCGGUGCCGGUCAUCCACUCGGCGGCGGCGCUCAUGAAGCUCGCGGAGCUGCCGUACUCGGGCGCCAACUCGGUCUUUAUCAAGAUUCUGCUCAACAAGAAGUACUCGCUGCCGACGCGCGUGAUUGGCGCGCUCGCGACGCACUUUGUGAGCUUUUGCAACGACGACCGCGUCAUGCCGGUCUUGUGGCACCAGGCGCUGCUCGUGUUUGUCGAGCGCUACAAGAACGACAUCUCCAAGGACCACCGCGAGGGCAUGAAGCUCCUCCUCAAGACGCACGUGCACCACCAGAUCACGCCCCUCGUGCGCCGCGAACUCUUCAACGAAUAGAUAUAUCCCUACGCUUCUAAUCAUACCACGGCGACGGCUCGUCGACCUUGGUGUAUUUACACAUCUGUCCAUG